CUCUAUCAUACUCUAAUUAUUUUUUUACCUCUUCUAUUUGUACUUUUUUUAUAAACACUUGUUUAUAGACGCACACACGCACACAUACACAUAUAUACAUAUAUACAUAUAUACAUAUAUCUAUAUCUAUAUCUAUAUCUAUCAAUAUUAUGCUACCACAGAUUGGUUUUAUUGUCGCUCAAGCAGGCGCUGAUUCGCGUGGACCACCACCAACUAUGCCACCGCCGUUGAACAAUAACGCAUCACAACGGCCUUCCUCAUUAGCAUUCCCACAUCAUCCACGCUCACCAAAGGAACCUCAAAGAAUAGCCCCCCAACCUGUUCCAGAAGAUCCGCCAUACUACUUACCAUACUACACGCGCCACCCUUCCCCACACGGAACAACUAACCUUGGCACACAACAACAACAACAACAACAACAACAACAACAACAACAGCAGUUACCACCACCAAUGCCUUUUAUUUAUUAUCCUUUUGACCGGUCUUCUUCCGACCCGCAAGGUUUCCGCCCUCUUCAACCCUUACCACCUUUACCUAGUCCAUGGCAAGAACCAAGAAUAACUGGUGAUAUCUAUCGUCCCACGUCCUCUAUUUGGCACACUCCUCAACCCUAUAUUGAUCCGCCCAUGCAGGAAUCAUACAUUGAUUAUGAUGACCCGUACCACUCUCAAUACGCGACCCGAUGGGGACAAGAUGAAUCUACAGACGUAAAUCAAGACAAGGUUCUUAGAAGGUUACAUGAAUUCAAUGAUCUUAUCACAUGGAUGGACCGUGAAUUCUGGGAGCAGAGCGAAAAAAUCUACCAAGAAAAGUUAAAGUCUUUACAAGAAGAACUACAGAGUAUUCAAGAAGGAACCCACUCGGCAUUUAAAGAAGUCGUCUCGGACCUUGAACACAAGCGGGAGAAAACGAUACAGGACGCCACCUACUUUUCGACCUAUCAACUCUUGUUUGCCAAAAAACAGUAUGACAAGGACAUGGCAGCAGUAGAUGGAGAAUAUGAGAAAGAGCAAAAUACACUUCAUGAUACUUUGAUGGCAACCAUCGAAGACCGGCGGAAACAAAUCAAGGAAGACAAGGAAGAUUCUGAGGAUUCAAAAACCCAAGACAUCUUCAAGGACGCAUAUGCCCGCAUCAGCCACAAGCGUAGUUUAAGGCGCCGUACACCAUUCGAUCGUCAGAACAACAUGUCACCCUCACGCCACGAGUCAAGACGAAGGCAGAAUCGGAUAAGUACACCUCACAAUAUACACGCUACUCCUACUUCAAAAGAGGAAGAGGAACUGGCAAGUGAAUUUAUGAGCAUGAAGCUCAUUUUGUAUUUAAAAAAAAAAAAAAACAAAAAAACAAAUAUAUAAUAUAUACCUACAUUUUAGACUCGAAGACAAGGCAAUCUUGCUCAGUCUCGAAGAUCUUGAGAUUAUUAUCAUUCUUAACUACACAAGGCAUCUUAUCAUUCUUUAUUCACAUCUUCUUAACUAUUUACAACACCUCUACAUACACACAAUCACAAGCCCUUUUAUUUUAUUUUUGCCCUACCUCUCUUAACUACCUUAACUAUCUAUCUAUCUUCCUUUGAAAAAACAAACAAAGAAAAGAAUGCAUAAUCUUGAAUAAAAUAUAAAGAUUUCUGGUCU